CGCACGGGCCGCACGCGACGAGGAAAACGAGGGCUGUGACGGACAAACGCAUAGAGGGAUUUUUGCGAAAUCCGUGGAUGCGAUUCGAAAGGCAUUGGAUCCCGUCUGUUCUCAUCGGUCUGUCCACACCUCAUUGAUCACGGUCUCUCUCGGUCCCUCUUGGCCGCUGGGAAGGCGAGCAUUUGGGUGGGUUUUCGCGACAGCUAUAAAGUCAACGACGAGGAAUUCCAUUUUCCCACACCCAACUUCAUCGCUCGUCUUGUUACCCACCCCCACCUCUCUCUUACUCAGACCCUCACAAGCAUGAAGAGCCAAGUCAUUCUCUCUGUGGUCGCCGCCAUUGCCAGCGCUUCCAGCGUAGCCGGCCACGGAUUCCUCGUCGGAAUCGGUGCCCUCGGCCCCAACUCCAAGGGACAGACCAGGAACUACCAGGCCAUCGACAACAACAUCGACAGCUUGAGGAACCCAACCACCGGCUCCACUCCUUUCUGCCGUACCUCCACCAAGAGCGCUCGUGUGCCCCUGCACCUCACUGAAGGCGGAAAGUUGACCGUUACCCAGGCUUUCUCUGUCGGCGCCCAGCACAUUGGUCCUUGCGCUGUUGAGAUCUGGGACCCCAAGACGAACAAGAAGUUCACCCUGACCUCCGUCGCCGGCCCUAACGGUUGCGCUCGUGUCCCCAUCGCCCAGUCCGACAGCAACAAGAAGAGCGGUGCUAACAACCAGUGCCCAGGCCGUCUCCCCAACAAGCUCGUCACCAACGACAUGUGCUUGAACAAGUGGACUUUCACCACCCGCAACGUGAACGCUAUUACUUGCAAGGACUGCAUCCUUCGAUGGACCUGGGUUGGCCAGCACGUGUCUCCUGCCGAGAAAUACGAGUCGUGUAUCGAUGUUACCGUCACCAAGGGCUCUUCCGGCAAGGGAAAAGGCUCCGUCGCGGAUGAUGGUACUGUUGUGACCGAUGAUGAAACCCCCGUCACCGACGCUCCUACCGAGUCGCUCGCAAACAUCGACGCUGGCGCCAAGGCUGCUGCUCCCGCUCCGGCUCCGGUCGACGCUGCCACUAACGGAAAGUGCACCAGCGGAAGCUACAUGGUCUGCAACGGCACCGGUUUCUUGGUUUGCUACCCUGAAGACGCCUCGAAGUCUGCCGUCGCCAGGGAGUGCGCCGCCGGUACCACCUGCUCUCCCUUCGGCAAGUACAUCCACUGCAAGUAGAGUGGCAUCGUCUCUUUGGUUCUCGGCGUAUAGUAUAGAGUGACAUUGUAGACAAUUGUAGAUAGUAUUCAUCUUAUUCCUUCUGAGACACUUUAAGUUGAUCGGCGUAUAUACCAAGCUGUAAACUUGUAUAGAUACAGCCCUGCUUCAUGAACAAUUAUAUCAUAGCCUGUGUGGGCGUCUAAAAAUCGAAUACCUCGUACAUUCUUGAGUACAGUGCUGUUCAUAAAGCAAGACCGCUGUCAAUUUAAUUCACCGGCCCCCUGGAC